AUCUCACUUGAGUUGAGUUGUUCAGGUAUCGUGGAUUAGUCUACUUAAUUUCUGGCCCGUUACUCUAAACUCAUCUCUCUCUCUCUCUCUCUCUCCGUAUAUAAAAAACUCACCCCCUCCCCACAACCACUACUGUCUCCCCAGGUCACUCUCUCCCAACACUCACCAUGAAACACACCAUCUUCUCCAUCUUCAUCACAUUCCUCAUCUCCCUAGCCACAUUCUCAGAUGGUGGAUCAGUAGGAGUGAACUACGGGCGCAUAGCAAACAACCUCCCCUCCGCAACCAAAGUAACCAAUCUCCUCAAAACCCACGGGCUCACCCGGGUCAAAGUCUAUGACUCCGACCCGACUGUGCUCAAGUCACUCUCCAACACCGACAUUAAAGUCACCAUUGACCUCCCCAACGAGCUUCUCGUUUCCGCAGCCAAGUCUCAGGCCUUUGCCACGUCAUGGGUCAGACAAAACGUCGUCGCUUACCACCCGUCUACCCAAAUCGAGGCCAUCGCCGUCGGAAAUGAGGUCUUUGUUGACCCGAAGAAAACGACCCGGUUUUUAGUACCCGCCAUGCAAAAUGUCCAUAAUGCCCUCGUUAAAUUUAAUCUCCACAGGGUCAUCAAAGUCUCCUCUCCCAUAGCUCUCUCCGCUUUGCAGAACUCGUACCCGGCCUCAUCCGGGUCGUUCAAACCCGAACUAAUCGGGUCGGUUAUCCGACCCAUGCUGGAUUUUCUCCGACAAACCGGGUCGGAUCUUAUGGUCAAUGCCUACCCGUUUUUCGCCUACGAGGCGAACUCCGACGUCAUUCCCCUUGACUACGCGCUUUUCCGGCCAAACCCCGGCAUGGUCGACGCCGGAAACGGCCUCCGUUACUUCAGCCUCUUCGACGCCCAAAUCGACGCCGUUUUCGCGGCAAUGUCGGCGUUGAAAUACGACGACGUCAACAUCAUUGUCACGGAGACGGGAUGGCCGUCGAAAGGUGACGUCAGCGAAAUCGGCGCGAGCGUCGAGAACGCCGCGAGUUAUAACGGCAACUUAGUCCGACGUGUACUAACGGGCGGUGGGACCCCCUUGAGGCCCAAAGCAGAUCUAACCGUUUAUCUGUUCGCUUUAUUUAACGAGAACCAAAAGUUCGGGCCCACAUCCGAGAGGAACUACGGCCUUUUUUACCCGGAUGAAAAAAAAGUUUACGACGUGCCUUUUACCGUGGAGGGGCUAAAAAGUUACCGCGACGGACGGGCGCCGGUGACGGGUGGCCGGAGAGUGUCGACGCCGGUGGGGAACAUGACGGUGAGUGUGAAUGGGCAGACGUGGUGUGUGGCGAAUAAGGACGCGGGGAAAGAUAAGCUGCAGGGAGGUCUAGAUUACGCUUGUGGUGAGGGCGGGGCUGAUUGCCAUCCGAUUCAGCCGGGGUCCACGUGUUACGAUCCUAACACGCUGGAGGCGCAUGCGUCGUUUGCGUUUAACAGUUAUUAUCAGAAGAAAGGGCGCGUGGGUGGCACGUGCUUUUUUGGUGGUGCUGGCUAUGUUGUCACUCAACCUCCCAGGUUUGGAAAGUGUGAAUUUCCGACUGGAUACUGAGUCACUGACUAUUCAGAAGAAUGAAGAGGAAGAAUGGUUAGACUAAUUAUCAUGAUAGUUGUCAAUUUUUGGGGUGAUUAGAUUUAUAGAUUAGGAGGAAAUCAGAUGUAUUAGCUUAAUGUCAGAUGUAUUAGCUUAAUGACUUAAUGUGCAUAACUCAUCUGCAGCCUCAAGUAUUAUGUUGCAGCACUAUGUAGUAGCUGGCUAGAUUUGAUAUAUAUGUUGAUCUGUUUCUGUAAAA